UCGAGGCACAAAGCUUAGAACCACUGAUCCACAAAAAACGUAAACAUUGGCACAUUAGUUUCAAAAAACUUUAAAUAAAAUGGAAAUAAAGGAUGAACCGAAGUAUAUCAUUGAAGGAUCUGCCAAAAUAUUCGAAGAAGGAAAUGUCUUUUAUAAUCCAGUUCAGGAAUUCAACCGCGAUGUGUCAAUUUGUGUUUUAAACACGUUUAUGUCAAUGUUCAGGGAAGAAUUGUUAUCAAAAAAGGAACGAGUUAAGAAAAAUGAAGAGCCGAAACCGCCCAAGAAAAUUAGAGUUUUGGAGGCUUUAGCAGCGACUGGAUUACGUAGUAUAAGAUAUGCAAAGGAAGUUGAAGGUCUGGAUGAAAUUAUUGCUAAUGAUUUGAUGAAUCAAGCUGUUAAUAUGAUUAAUAAGAAUGUUAAGGCUAAUGGCGUGGAAGAUAAAGUAACAACAAGUCAUGCUGACGCAGUGACUCUAAUGUACACGACAAAGCCUGAUAAUAAGUUCACAGUCAUUGAUCUAGAUCCUUAUGGUGGACCAAAUAGAUUCCUAGAUGGUGCUGUACAAAGUGUUGUAGAUGGAGGAUUGUUAUUAAUUACAGCAACAGAUAUGGCUGUCUUAGCUGGAAAUACGCCAGAAGCUUGCAUUGUUAAAUAUGGUUCUGUGCCUUUACGCUCAAAAGCAUGUCAUGAAAUGGCACUUAGAAUUUUAAUUAGGUCAGUUGAGACAACAGCUAAUCGUUAUGGACGUUAUAUCAAACCAUUAUUAUGCUUAUCAAUUGACUUUUAUGUUCGAGUAUUUGUUCGGAUAUUCACAGGACAAUUUCAAUGUAAAGAAAGCAGCACAAAGCAGUCAAUGGUCUAUCAAUGUACUGGAUGUGAUGCAUUUACAUUACAGCCAUUAGCCAUUAGAAAAUCAUCACCGGAAAAUCCCAAAUCAAUUAAAUUUUGUAUUCCAACCGGUCCGUUUGUGUCAACAAAUUGCGAACAUUGUGGACAUAAGCAUCACAUGGGCGGUCCAAUAUGGAACAGUCAAAUUCAUGAUUGGGAUUUCUUGGGGGAAUUACUGAAGUUUGUUAAAUCAGAGAAAGGUCAAAAGCUUGGAACUUAUAAUCGAAUUCUUGGCGUAUUGUCUGUUGUUCAAGAGGAACUUCCAGAAAUUCCUUUAUACUAUACGAUUGACCAGAUGUGCUGCGUAUUGAAGCUUGAAGUUGUCCCACAAAUGAAAAUGCGUUCAGCUAUUUUACAUGAGAAUUAUCGUGUAUCAUUGUCGCAUGCCUGUAAGAACUCGAUAAAGACAGACGCUCCAAUUUCACUUUUAUGGGAUAUAUUGAGAUCCUGGGCAAAGACACAUCCAGUUAAUCCAGCAAGGUUUCAUGAUGGAACAGCAUUAAAAAAGAUUUUAGCAACGGAACCAGCUAAAGAUUAUAAUUUUGAUGAUUUACAUCCUCAAGCCAAUCCACCGAGUCGAAAAGACGCACUUGCAAGAUAUCCUGAAAAUCCAGCUGCUAUGUGGGGCCCGGGAACUCGAUCGACAAUCAUGGUUGACAAGUCACGAAUGACGAAAAAUAUUCGGAACCAAAACAAGAACGUGAAGAGAAAGGCAAAGCAGCGAAAGGAUAAUGAAAUGAAAGAAGAACGAGAAAAAUCUCCUGAUACUAAGCAUAUGAAAAUUGACGAUGAGGAAAAUAACAUGCAGGACGUUGAAGUGCCAUCGUAGAUAAAC